ACUGCAGAACAGACACCGUCCGGAGCAGCAGCCAGUCGGUGGUCCAGGAUGCGGUGCCUCGUGGUGCUCCUCGCUGUCCUCGCCCUCUCUCAGGGCAGUGGCAUCACCAGGAUCCCUCUGCACAAAGGGAAGUCAUUGAGGAGGGCCUUGAAGGAGCAGGGGCUUCUGGAGGACUUUCUAAAGACGCAGCAGUCUACAGUCAGCGGGAAGUACUUCAGCUCCGGGGUGGUGGCCAGUGAGCCGCUCACCAACUACCUAGACACCCAGUACUUUGGGAAGAUCACCAUCGGGACCCCGCCCCAGGAGUUCACAGUGGUAUUCGAUACGGGCUCCUCGGACCUCUGGGUGCCCUCUGUCUACUGCGACAGUGCUGCCUGCCAGAACCACCAGCGCUUCGACCCGUCCAAGUCCUCCACCUUCCAGAACCUGGACAAGCCGCUGUCCAUCCAGUAUGGCACAGGCAGCAUGCAGGGCUUUCUGGGCUACGACACCGUCACCGUCUCUGAUAUCGUGGACACUCACCAGACCGUGGGCCUGAGCACCCAGGAACCUGGCAACGUCUUCACUUACGCUGAGUUUGAUGGGAUCCUAGGACUGGCCUACCCCUCACUGGCCGCCGAGUACUCAGUGCCUGUGUUUGACAAUAUGAUGCAGAAACACCUGGUGGCCAAAGACCUCUUCUCGGUUUACAUGAGCAGGAACGACCAGGGGAGCAUGCUUACCCUGGGGGCCAUCGACUCCUCUUACUACACCGGCUCACUGCACUGGGUGCCCGUGACCAUGCAGGACUACUGGCAGUUCACCAUGGACAGUGUCACCAUCAAUGGCGUGGUGGUGGCUUGUGAUGGCGGCUGUCAGGCCAUCCUGGACACAGGCACCUCCCUUGUGGCCGGGCCCAGCAGCGACAUCCUCAACAUUCAGCAGGCCAUUGGAGCCACGCAGGGCCAGUUCGGCGAGUUUGACAUCGACUGUGAUAGCCUAAGCAGCAUGCCCACUGUUGUCUUCGAGAUCAAUGGCAGGAAGUACCCACUGCCACCCUCCGCCUACACCAACCAGAACCAAGACUUUUGCACCAGCGGCUUUCAAGGUGACGAUGACUCCCAGCAGUGGAUCCUGGGGGAUGUCUUCAUCCGGGAGUAUUACAGUGUCUUCGACAGGGCCAACAACCGCCUGGGGUUGGCCAAGGCUAUCUGAGGGCACCACUGAGCACGGACCCCACUGCACACACAUGUGCACAUGUGCGCACACACACACACACACAGGUUUUCAAGCAGAUGGUUUCCA